GACGCUGUACUAGGAGUCGUCAUUCACACCAAGUUAAAAGGUGCAGCCCUGUCGUGGUACAACGCAAAGCCUAUGUUUCCUAAAAAGGUUGACGAAUUGCUACGUGAGAUGGAGUCAGUGUUCGGGGCAGGUGAGAGUAAGCUUGAUCGCCGCAGAAAAUUCGAGAAGAGAAUGUGGUCAUCCGAAGAAAGCUUCGCCAACUACUUCAACGAUAAAUGUUUGCUGGGCGGCGAACUGAACUUGGGUGAUGAGGAACUCGCAGAUUACCUCAUAGAAGGCGUUCCUGAUAGACAACUCCGCAAUCAGGCCAGGUUACAAAACUUCACCACAGCCAACGACGUACUAAGGGCGUUCCACUCUAUAAGUCUACCAGAGCAUACGGAACCAAAACAACGAACGGUCGAAAGGAUGCGGUGUUACAACUGCAAUUGCUCGGGUCACUAUGCUAAAGAUUGUCGGAAACCGAAGAGGGAAGCUGGUUCCUGCUUCGCUUGUGGACAGCUAGGCCAUUACGCAGCGGAGUGCAAACAACACAAAAAAAACAAGAACACGUUUAAUGUUUAGUCGACUCAGGAAGCCCAGUUAGCCUGAUCAAGCAAGUCCUAGUACCAGCAGGAGCAAAAUUAGAAGAAGUCAAAAAUGUUUACUAUGGGUUAAACAAGUCCCCUUUGAAUAUCAG